AUGGUAGGCUGUGGAUUUUUUUGGAGGAAAUGUCUCAAUUUUUCUCUUUUGAAAGUCUCUGAUCAAUCCUUAUCUCUGGUUGGUGAGGUUAGUGGUCACAGUUGUGUCAUUACAGCUGUCUAUGUUAGUAUCAAUGGGGCAAAAAGGCUGCAUCUCUGGAGGCAGUUGGAAGAGGUGGAAGGUUUGGUAGAUGAGUCCUCUUGGCUUGUUGGAGGUGACUUCAACAUCAUUGCUAAUGUUGUUGAAAGUUAUGACUUUGAGAGUUUAGGCCCAUAUGAAUCUGCUGAUAUGGAAGCUUUCAGAAAUUGUUUGUCUUCCUUAGAGCUCAUUGACCACCCAUUUGUGGGGCUUGUUUAUACUUGGUCUAAUAGGCAGGAUAUGAACUUCCUAGCCCGUAAGCUGGAUAGAGUUCUCAUUAACUCUAAGUGGCUUGAGGAAUUUCCUAACUCCUUUGUUGAGUUUAAAGCCCAAGGAGUAUCUGACCAUUGCCCUGCUUUGGUUUCCUUCUUUAAGGAAAAUCAUGCUAAUAGACCCAAGCCUUUCAAGUUUUUCAACUGUUGGGCUAGGCAUGGGGAGUUUUUGAAUAUACUUGCAAAUCUUUCACAUGCUGGUUGCUACAUUGAUGAGGAGAAGAGCCUUCAAAAUGAGCUUCAUGACCUUGAAGUGGCUGAAGCUUCUUUCUACAAACAGAAAGCCAAAGUCUACUUACUUAGGGAGGGUGAUAGGAAUACAAAGUUCUUCCAUUAUGCUGUGAUGAGGAAGAGAAGAAAGAACACUGUUAGAUUGCUUUAUACUGAGGAUGGCUCUAGGCUGGAUACUUUUGAGACCAUGUCUGCUGAGAUGGUGAGGUUUUAUACAGUGCUACUUGGCAUGGAGGACUCUUGUGUUAAAAGCUGUGAUGCAGAUGUUUUUAAGGGUUUGUUAGGGUAUGAACUUCCCUGUGCUACUGUUGCCUCCCUAGUGAAGGAGAUCUCUAAUGAGGAAAUCAAGGCUUCUUUGUUUAAGCAAGGUAAUGAGAAGAGUCCUGGGCCUGAUGGGUAUACUACAUACUUCUUCAAAGUGGCCUGGGAUAUUAUUCAAGUUGAUUUUUUGGUUGCCAUUAGAGAUUUCUUCUAG